AGAGCAGGGAUAGCAGCCUGUGAGUUGCAAGAGGAAAGCCGGCAAGCAGGGAGGGUUGUCAGAAGCCAGGCAGGACACUGAAGCCACCCAAGCAGCUGCUGCUCUCUUUAUAGAGUUUCUGGAGCCCAAAGUGAUCAUGGCACGGGUCAACGGAGCAUUCCUGGAUGCGUUGCUGCUUCUGCUGCUGCUGUCUGUUCAGACCCUGCCCCUAGUAGCAGCAGGAGAUCCACACAAUUGUGAUGCUCCGUUGGCUUCUUCUUUGCCUCAGUUAUCCUUCAGCAGCUCCUCACAGCUGUCCAGCAGUCAUGGCCCUGGCUUUGCAAGACUAAAUAGAAGAGAUGGAGCUGGUGGAUGGACACCGCUUGUAUCAAAUAAAUAUCAGUGGCUGCAGAUUGACCUUGGAGAACGAAUGGAGGUCACUGCUGUGGCCACCCAGGGUGGAUACGGGAGUUCUGACUGGGUGACCAGUUACCUCCUGAUGUUCAGUGAUGGUGGAAGGAACUGGAAACAGUAUCAUCAAGAAGAAAGCAUCUCGGGAUUUCCAGGAAACACAAAUGCAGACAGUGUGGUACAAUAUAGUCUCCAGCCUUCCUUCCACACCAGGUUCCUGCGCUUCCUCCCCUUAACCUGGAACCCUAAAGGCAGGAUUGGGAUGCGGAUAGAAGUAUAUGGGUGUUCAUACAAAUCUGAGGUGGUUUAUUUUGAUGGACAAAGUUCUCUGCUCUACAAAUUUGAUAACGGAGCCAUAAGACCAGUAAGAGAGGUUAUUUCUUUGAAAUUUAAAGCCAUGCAGAACAGCGGGAUUAUAUUCCAUGGAAAAGGACAACAUGGGACACAUAUUGUUUUGGAAUUAAACAAAGGAAAGCUUGUCGUUUAUCUUAAUUCAGGCGAUGGAAACCUGCCUCCUGUUAAUUCUAUCAUGAACUUCACCUUAGGCAGCCUUCUGGAUGACCGGCACUGGCACUCUGUACUCAUUGAGCUCCAUAAUAUGCAUAUGAACUUCACCCUGGACAAAUACAUGCAUCAUGUUCAUGUGAACAAGGAAACCAGUUACUUGGAUCUUAAUUUUGAGAUCAGCUUUGGAGAAAUCCUGAUGCCUGGAGGGCGUUUCCUGACAUUCCCACAUAAAAAUUUUCAUGGAUGUUUAGAAAAUAUCUAUUAUAACGGAGUCAAUAUUAUUAAAUUAGCCAAGAAACAUGAAUCACAAAUCCUAAUUAAGGGAAAUGUGUCCUUCACAUGCCCACAACCACAGACAAUUCCAGUGACUUUCCUGAGUUCUGGGAGUUACCUGGCUUUGCCAAGUAGUUUAAGGGAAGAUAAAAUGUCCCUCGCUUUUCAGCUUCGAACAUGGAACAAGGCAGGACAUGUGUUUUUUAGCCAAGUGGGGCACGGUUCAGGAAGUUUGGUCCUGUUUCUUAAGAAUGGAAAACUCAUACUGAACCUCUCUGAGCCUGGUCAACCCUUGCAGAGCAUCACAACAGGUGCCGUACUGAAUGAUGGGCUAUGGCACUCAGUUUCCGUGUCUGCUAAGGGUAGCUACCUAAGCCUUCUGGUAGAUGGAGACACUGCUCAGACCCUGAUGUCUGUGGAGAUUCAUUUGGGCGACACUUACUAUUUUGGAGGUUGUCCCAACAACAGCUCUAGCUUUGGAUGUGAACAUUCUUUUGGAGGCUUCCAGGGCUGCCUGAGGCUCAUCUCUGUUGGUGACAAAGUAGUGGAUCCUAUUGCAGUACAGCAGGGAGUGCUGGGCAGCUUCAGUGACCUCCAGAUAGACUCCUGUGGCAUCAUAGACCGGUGUUUGCCAAGCUACUGUGAGCAUGGGAGUAGAUGUACCCAGUCAUGGGACACUUUCUCCUGUGACUGUGAAGGCACGGGCUACACUGGAACAACCUGCCAUUCCUCCAUCUAUGAACAGUCUUGUGAAGCCCACAGGCACAGAGGUAGCCCUUCUGGACUUUACUACAUUGAUGUAGAUGGAAGUGGACCACUGGCACCAUUUCUUGUAUACUGCAAUAUGACAGCAGACACAGCAUGGACUGUUGUUCAGCAUGGAGGCCCCGAUGUAGUGACAGUCAGAGGUGGUCCAGAAGGACACAUGCAUUCUGCAACCUUCUCCUAUGCUGCCAAUGCAGCACAGCUGCAUGCUGUGGUGAAUGUUGCAGAGCACUGUGAGCAGCAGGUGGACCUACAAUGUAGGACCUCAGGGCCCUCAGAUACAGGAGAUGGAACCUCCCUGAGCUGGUGGGUUGGAAGAAGCAAUGAAACAUACACUUACUGGGGAGGUUCUCUUCCUAAUCCUCAAAAGUGUACUUGUGGAUUUGAAGGGAACUGCAUUGAUUCUCAAUACCACUGCAACUGUGAUGCUGACCGGAAUGAAUGGACCAGUGACACAAUAGUCCUGUCUCAUAAGGAGCACCUGCCCGUCACUGAAAUGGUGGUGACAGACACAGGCCGACCAUACUCUGAAGCUGCUUAUACACUGGGGCCUUUGCUAUGCCAGGGAGACAAGUCAUUUUGGAACUCAGCUUCCUUCAACACCGAGGCUUCUUACCUUCAUUUCCCAACCUUCCGUGGAGAGCUCACCGCAGAUGUGCACUUCCUUUUUAAGACCACCAUUUCCUCUGGUGUGUUCAUGGAGAACCUGGGAAUCACUGACUUCAUCAGAAUAGAGUUGCGUGCUCCCACAGAAGUGACCUUUUCUUUUGAUGUUGGGAAUGGACCUUGUGAGCUCACUAUACAGUCACCGACUCCCUUUAAUGACAACCGGUGGCAUCAUGUGAGAGCAGAAAGGAAUGUCAAGGGUGCAUCUCUUCAGGUAGACCAACUCCCUCAGAAGACACAGUCCACUCCUGCUGAUGGACAUGUUCGACUACAACUCAACAGCCAGCUCUUCAUUGGGGGGACGGCCAGCAGGCAGAAGGGCUUCCUGGGAUGUAUCCGGUCCCUUCAGGUGAAUGGAAUGGCACUAGACCUGGAGGAAAGGGCUGUAAUGACACCAGGAGUGGAGCCAGGAUGUUCAGGUCACUGCAGCAGCUAUGGACACCUGUGUCGAAAUGGGGGAAUGUGUCAAGAGAAACACAGAGGGAUUGCUUGUGACUGUGCCUUCUCUGCCUACGAUGGGCCACUGUGCUCAUAUGAGAUUUCUGCAUAUUUUGAAACGGGUUCCUCAGUGACCUAUAAUUUUCAAGAAUAUUCCACCCUGAGUGCAAACACCAGCUACCUGGCUUCUUCAUUGCAUGGGGAUGUCAUACUGUCCAGAGAAACCAUCACGCUGAGCUUCCGAACCACACAGACACCAUGCUUAUUGCUUUAUGUGACCUCUUUUUAUGAGGAAUACCUUUCCAUUAUCCUGGCCAACAAUGGAAGUUUGCAGGUGAGGUACAAGUUGGACAGACAUCGGAAUGCAGAUGCCUUCAACUUUGACCUUAGAAACUUAGCAGAUGGUCACUUUCACCAGCUGACGAUUAACAGGGAAGAAGCAGUAGUCUCUGUAGAGGUUAACCAGAGUACAAAGAGGCAAGUCAUCUUGUCCUCAGGGACUGAAUUCAAUGCUGUCAAAUCGCUCGUAUUGGGAAAGGUUUUAGAACCCCUGGAUGCUGAUCCUGAAACACAGCAGGCAGCCGCUCAGGGCUUCACAGGCUGCCUCUCUUCUGUGAGAUUUGGCCUGGAAGUCCCACUGAAGGCUGCACUGAAUCAAAACCGGGCUAGAGUCACUAUUCAAGGCAGUGUGGCUGCUGCAGCUCAUUGUGCAGAAGGCCCUGGUUCUGCAGAGAGGAAACUGUCUCCAGGGCCCUCUAUGGAUGCAGGUCAUUCUGGAUCCGCAGAAGAUAGACAGCCCCUUCCUAACACAGACAGGAGUGACCCUGGGGUCAUUGGAGGAAUAACAGCAGUUGUGAUAUUUAUUUUGCUCUGUGUGUCUGCCAUAGCCAUACGGGUUCAUCAACAGAGAAGAUUACACCAAAAAAACGAGUCAACAGUUUCAAAAACUGAAGAGUGCUAAGACUGCUCUCAAAAGUGAAAUAUGAGUUGAAACAGAAGCAGUCUUCUAGGUGACUAUGGCUGGCCUGCCUCUUGGCAAUCCCAUUCUUCCUGGGCCAGGGAGUGUCCAGUGCCAGUUUACAGAGGACUAACAGUCUCAGACUCCGGGAGGCUGGCUCCCUUCCUCAGCAAAACUCUCCCUCCUAGCAAUUUACAAGCAAGGGAGUGUGGUCAUUAAUCAUGGUGGAGUAGUUUCCCCAGAUGGAAUGCUCUUUUCUAAAUAGGGCUUUAAUUUGUGUAACAUUUACGAAUUUUAGCUGAGAAACUAAGUAGCCGUCAAGCUAUGGUCCUGCUUAGAAAAUGGGACAGAACUUUCAUUCAGAUAAAGUCAAACAGUUGUUGGUUGGUUGGUUUUGGUUAUUGUUGUUUUUGUGUUGUUGUUGUUUCCUGAAAACUUAUCUGGGAUCUCUUUGUUGCUCUUCUGCUAACGUGUAUAAAAUAGAGCUAAAUAGCCUGCAUCUCCAUGGUUCUGGAAUGCAGGGUCACGUGACCUGUUUAAAACAAACAAACAAACAAAAAAGACAGCAACUUUCCUGUUUGCUGGCCAAUACAAAGAGAGGACUGGAAAUAUUUUUGGUACAUUGCUUUUUACUAGCCAACUGUUUCUAAUCAUUUUGAUAAAUUUCAAAGUCAAAACUGGUAUUGAAUGUUACAAAAUUUUAAUGUUGGUUUUUGUAAUGAGACAAAAAAUUAAUAGGUAACAAAAUGGAUGCAUAGUGACUAGCCACUAAGAAAGGAUGUUGUUUUCUUUGUAAUUUGUAAUUAUAGGUUUUUAUAAAUUAUGAUCAUGUUUUAAACUAAAUUUAUAGCCAUAAAUAUUGCUUCUUACUCAACAACACCCAAGUCGAAUAUAAUCUUGAACUUAUUUACUCCCAACUUAUUUAUUGAAAGAAGCUGUCAGCUUUUCUUUAUUAUUCUGUAUUUCUAUUUUUCUAAAAGUUGUUACCAAUAUGCUUUGAAUUUCUAUGACUAUACUGAAUAGGUACAUCUUCUCAAUUUAUUAGACAAAUUAGCUCCAGCUUAAGAGCCCCCAAUCCUUUUCCAAAGCUGGAAUUGCUUUGGGCAUAAAUACUGUAUAUCAUCCUCUCUGUCCAGUUUUAUGGUGUAAACUGAAGGGCACUAAAUCCAAGGAAAGAUACACUUACAUGAUCUGCAUUAAACAUACCAACUGUAAUCACAAGUUUGUGAUCACAGAAACAUAUUUUCAUAGAUUCUUACAAUUUGAGUAUGAACUAAUAACUUAAUUAUGUCUCACUAUGGUUUCUACACACUAAAACCAGAGGAUGGAAGUAAUUUCAUGGAGACAGUUGCAGGAACUAAUAAUGAGGCAGUGUUAUCUGUUAAUUGAAUGAACUAGUUUGUACCAGUUAUAGUAAAGUCAAUGAUGCUACAUUCACUAGGAUCCAGAUACUGAUUGUCUGUGAAGGACUAACGAGGUUGAACAGCUCAUCCGUAUCUGGGAAAGUUUGAAAUAUCCCACUUCAACAUUAGCACUCAUAAUGGAAUUUCUAUCUCGUUUGUGUUAUUUUUGAAAGAAGGAAUAUGAAUCUCCUCUGUCUCAAGUCUGCUCCUAGUAUUCUCAUUUUCAUUGAUGUUUAUGUGGAGGGCGGUUUUCUAUUUAUGCUGUAUUAUUGCAUAUCUGUGUGAUUAUAUAUAUUGUAAUAUGUGGGAAACACAACUUCAUAAAUAAUAUAUGUUCUGUGUGUUUUUUCUCAUGAGCCUUCUUAGAAUGAAGACACAGUCUACAAAACUAUAGUUACAUUUUAUUAGCCAAUAUAAGCACCAUGCAGUCACUAUAACUUUUACAGAUACAUUUCUUGUCUCACAGAAAACUUUAGAAGCUGGAAUUUCACAGUGUUCAACAAGAUAAAUUAUCACAGCCCACUGUUCCAUACUUUCAGCAAGACAACAAAACUAAAUCAUCAAAUUGCCUUGAUAUGUCAUCUACUAACAGUCUUCCAAGAUGGCUUUCAGAUUUUGCCAUUUUAUUUGAAAAUAAAUUCAUUUUUGAGAAAUAAUAGGGAAACUAUUUUAAGGGAAGUUGUAUAAAAUACAUUCAUUUUUGAAAUAAAAAAUUAUUUUAAGGGAAGUUGUGUAAAACAAAUUAUAAGGUGAUUUUUCCUAGUUUGCACAAAUGUAUACAGGUAAAUUCACUGUACUGGUUUAUCAUAAUGUAAAUGAAGAUAAAUCUUUACUAAUUGCUAGAUCAAAACUAUAUGAAUGUAUAUGUUUAAAGUUUUGUCUGAAAACAAAUGUUUAAGAAUAAGCUAACUAAAGUCUGUUUUCAGUACUUCUGCUGUUGUAAUAAAAAUCCUAAACAUUCUUUGGA